UUUCUUCUUUUUAGCCAAAAACAAAAAAAGAAUAGAAUGGAAGGCGGAGGACCACCUCAGCCGGCGGACACCGAGAUGACGGAAGCAGGCCAACCGCCCCACUCUCAGCAGCCGCAGCAACCCGACCCACAAAACCAGCAACAGCCGCCGCAAAUGGAAAACAUUCCGGCCACUCUCAGCCACGGCGGCAGGUUUAUUCAGUACAAUAUAUUUGGGAACAUUUUUGAGGUCACUGCUAAAUAUAAACCCCCUAUCAUGCCCAUCGGUAAAGGAGCCUACGGCAUCGUUUGUUCUGCAUUGAAUUCCGAGACGAAUGAGCACGUGGCAUUAAAGAAGAUAGCGAAUGCGUUUGAUAACAAGAUUGAUGCAAAGAGAACUCUUCGUGAAAUCAAGCUGCUUCGCCACAUGGAUCAUGAAAACGUAGUUGCAAUCAGGGACAUUAUUCCACCACCCCAGAGGGAAAGCUUUAAUGAUGUUUAUAUUGCAUAUGAGCUGAUGGACACUGACCUGCACCAGAUAAUCCGUUCUAAUCAAGCCUUAUCAGAAGAGCAUUGUCAGUAUUUUCUCUAUCAAAUCCUACGGGGGCUGAAGUAUAUACACUCUGCAAAUGUUCUGCACAGAGACUUAAAACCUAGCAAUCUUCUCCUGAAUGCUAAUUGUGACUUGAAAAUAUGUGAUUUUGGACUGGCUCGUGUCACCUCUGAAAGUGAUUUUAUGACAGAAUAUGUUGUUACAAGAUGGUAUCGUGCACCAGAACUAUUGUUAAACUCUUCAGAUUAUACUGCAGCCAUCGAUGUAUGGUCAGUGGGUUGCAUUUUUAUGGAAUUGAUGGAUCGGAAGCCAUUAUUUCCUGGAAGGGAUCAUGUGCAUCAGCUGCGACUGCUUAUGGAGCUGAUUGGCACCCCAUCAGAGGCUGAGUUGGGGUUUUUGAAUGAAAAUGCUAAGAGAUACAUUCGGCAACUUCCUCUUUAUCGCCGGCAGUCUUUCACUGAAAAGUUUCCAAGUGUCCACCCUUUAGCUAUUGAUCUUGUUGAAAAGAUGUUGACAUUUGAUCCCAGACAAAGGAUUACUGUUGAGGCUGCACUUGCUCAUCCCUACCUAACAUCACUGCAUGACAUUAGUGAUGAACCUGUCUGCCUGACCCCCUUUAGCUUCGACUUUGAGCAGCAUGCAUUAACUGAGGAGCAGAUGAAGGAGCUGAUCUAUCGGGAGGCACUUGCAUUCAACCCAGAGUAUCUGCAUUAGUGAUGAGUCAUAUGCCAUUUAUUUGUCGUGGCUUUGAUCAGUGUGGUUAAAAAUGCUUUAUGUAGUAGUGGUGAUUGAUUUCUUCCUGUAUAUAUGUUCCAUCCAGAACAGGAUGGCCCUUGAAUUGAGAUAUUUGCUUAUGGGCAGAAUGCAGGAAAACAGAACAGGUAUAUUGGUGUUUGUACCGGCUCUCUUGAUUUCUUUUGUUGUUUUAUCUGUUGAAUGGAACCAACUUUCGACUCUCGUGUCUA